AUGGCCCUCACAUUCGACAACAUCCUCAACUUCCGCGAUGUGGGAAAGACCGUGAACGACUAUCUCGGCCGCAGGAUCGUCAAGGAAGGCGUGCUAUACCGCUCUGCGCGACCCGACGAUGCGACAGAGCAGGACCGCAGAAGGCUCACCGACGAGCUUGGAAUCAAGACCGUGAUCGACCUGCGCACCAAAACAGAGCACCUCAAACAAGCCGAAAAGCGACGCGCCGACCUCCAGGUCCCCGCGCUGCUGCAGUCCAACGCGACCCUCGCGCGGCCCGUGCAGAUCCCCGGCCUGCGGUACCGCGAGAUCAAAGUCACGGGCGGCGCGUUUGAGAAGUUCCUGCUGAGCCAGCUGUCGUGGUGGAACUACCUCAAGCUCAUCUCCCUCUACGUAAGCGGCCACCGCAUGGAGGCCAUCAGCCUGCUCGGCCGCGAGGUCAUGCAGCCGAGGGGCCUCGUGGGCUUGGGUCUGAUCACGAUGGACGCGUCCGGGUCGGAAAUCGCUGAGGGGCUCCGCACAUUCACCGACCCAUCCUCCGUCCCGGCCCUGGUGCACUGCACGCAGGGCAAGGACCGGACGGGCCUCAUCAUCGCACUGACCCUCAUGGUCCUCGGCGUGCCGGUCGAGGCCAUGUCGCACGACUACCUGCUCUCACGGGCGGGUCUCGAGGCCGAGAAGGAAACCAGGCUGGCUGAGAUCAGAGAGCUUGGGUUGACGCCCGAGUGGGGAGACUGCCCUGAGGAUUUCGUCGUGAGAGUACAUGAGCAUGUGAAUACGAAGUACGGCGGCAUAGACGGCUAUCUAGAUAGCAUCGAGUUUGGAAAGUCGGAACGGCAAAAGUUGGUCCAAGCCUUGGGAGCAUAA